AUGGCGAUCCGUAAGAAGAGCACCAAGAGCCCCCCGGUCCUGAGCCACGAAUUCAUCCUGCAGAAUCACGUGGACAUCGUCUCCUGUGUGGCGAUGGUCUUCCUGCUGGGGCUCAUGUUCGAGAUAACAAAAAUUAACAGGCGAAUGCACUUCUCCAAAACGAAACACAGCAAGUUUAAUGACUCUGGUCAGCUUAGUGCAUUCUACCUUUUCUCUUGUAUUUGGGGCACAUUCAUUCUAAUCUAUGAAAACUACAUCUCAGACCCAACUAUCUUGUGGAGGGCCUAUCCUCAUAACCUGAUGACAUUUCAAAUGAAGUUUUUCUACAUAUCACAGUUGGCUUACUGGUUUCAUGCUUUUCCAGAACUCUACUUCCAGAAAACCAAAAAAGAAGAUAUUCCUCGUCAGCUUGUCUACAUUGGUCUUUACCUCUUUCACAUUGCAGGAGCUUAUCUUCUGAACUUGAAUCAUCUAGGACUUGUUUUUUUGGUGCUGCAUUAUUUUGUUGAAUUUCUUUUCCACAUUUCCCGCCUGUUUUAUUUUAGUGAUGAAAAGUAUCAGAAAAGAUUUUCUCUCUGGGCAGUGCUGUUUGUUUUGGGAAGACUACUGACUUUAAUCCUUUCAGUACUCACUGUUGGCUUUGGCCUUGCGAGAGCAGAAAAUCAGAAGUUUGAUUUCAGCACUGGAAACUUUAAUGUAUUGGGUGUUAGAAUUGCUGUUCUGGUAUCUAUUUGUAUUACUCAAGCAUUCAUGAUGUGGAAGUUCAUUAAUUUCCAGCUCAGGAGAUGGAGGGAACAUUCUACUCAAGCACCAGCUGUGAAGAAGAAACCAGCAGUGACUAAAGGCAGGUCUUCUAGAAAAGGAACAGAAAAUGGUGUAAAUGGAACAGUAACUUCAAAUGGAGCUGACUCUCCCCGAAAAAGAAAAGACAAAUCCUCAUAA